GAGGAGGUGGAGAAGGUCUGCCCCCCGGAUCUCCGGUUUCCGGCAACUCGGCGGGACCAGAACCUGCGCGGAGAAUCUGAGGCCCGAGGCUUCCCGGCACCAGCUGGACGCCGAGCCCCCCCGAGAUGAGGAAAUUGAGGCCCCCAGGAGCCCACAGUCUUACGGCCAGAAGCAGCAGAAUCGGGAAUCAAACCCAGACCUCUGUAAAUUAUCUUCCUAAUAAUUGGGAGAAGACCCUUGGCUGAAUGGCAGCUGUAGAUGACUUGCGGUUUGAAGAAUUUGGUGAUACAGCCACUUCUCUAGCAGCAAACCCAGAUGCCACCACAAUAAGCAUCGAGGAUCCUGGUGAAACCCCAAAACACCAGCCAGGACCCCCAGGAGGCUCAAGGAGAGAAGAGGAUGAUGAGUUACUAGGAAAUGAUGACUCUGACAAAACUGAGUUACUUGCUGGACAGAAGAAAAGCUCCCCCUUCUGGACAUUUGAAUACUAUCAAACAUUCUUUGAUGUAGACACUUACCAGGUCUUUGACAGAAUAAAGGGGUCUCUUUUGCCAAUACCAGGAAAAAACUUUGUGAGGUUGUAUAUCCGCAGCAACCCAGAUCUCUAUGGCCCCUUUUGGAUAUGUGCCACGUUGGUCUUUGCCAUAGCAAUUAGUGGGAAUCUUUCCAACUUCUUAAUCCAUCUGGGAAGGAAGACAUACCAUUAUGUGCCCGAAUUCCGAAAAGUGUCCAUCGCAGCCACAAUCAUCUAUGCCUAUGCCUGGCUGGUUCCCCUUGCACUCUGGGGUUUCCUUGUGUGGAGAAACAGUAAAGUUAUGAACAUCGUUUCCUAUUCAUUUUUGGAGAUUGUGUGCGUCUAUGGAUAUUCACUCUUCAUUUAUAUCCCCACGGCGAUACUGUGGAUCAUCCCCCAGAAAGUGGUCCGCUGGAUUCUAGUUACGAUUGCCCUGGGCAUCUCAGGCUCUGUCUUGGCAAUGACAUUUUGGCCAGCAGUUCGUGAGGACAACCGACGCAUCGCAUUGGCCACAAUUGUGACAAUUGUGUUGCUUCACAUGCUGCUUUCUGUGGGCUGCCUGGCCUACUUUUUUGAUGCACCAGAGAUGGACCAUCUCCCAACAAGCACAGCUGCUCCAAACCAAACAGUUGCAGCAGCCAAGUCCAGCUAAAGGGGAAAGUGAGAGAUUAUCUUUUCAUCUUCUCGCUAUGAGUUCUCUUCAGUGGGUUUUGGAGUAUGGUUCUUUUGGACGUGGCAUCCAUUGCAGGAAAGCAGAACGACCAAAGCGCGGGAAAACGGAUGGAAUGGCCCCAACCCCCAACAUCUGGGGGGUGCCACACUGAAGCCUAAUCACCUGUUUAACAAACAAAAAUUAAAUGUUGUUGAGUUGAGACGUGUCAUUCAGCUCUUCUCUCACUGUCAGUUGUCACUGUGACUGUGCACUGGUUUGGAGAGAAAUACGAGGGGAUGGGUGAGGCUGCCCAAGUGCCCUGCGUUUGCCUCUCAUGGUCACGUGGUGUGCUUCACGUUAGGUACACCCUUAAUCCCUGAAAUGGAUCCAUCCUAACUCGGGUGUCUUUUCUCUGGAUCGUGUACAGAUUACCUAGGUGAGCCUCUGCUCCUCUUGCCAUCCUAAAGUGGCCAAACAGCAUGAACUUUGGUUGGGAUUCAUUGGGAGCCUGAAGAUUUGUCUUUGGUGACCUGACUCUGGGCAACUGAACCUAAUGGUUGCAAAAUAAAUACAAAA